AUCUGGCUCGAUAAUGCCGGAGAUUCAAACUUUCGUUGCAAUGAUUGGAUUGAGGUACUACUAUUAAGGCCAUUUAGGAAUAUGUAAAAUUAGGUAAAGGAGCAUCUGGGCUAUGGCACUCAUCAUGACAUCAUAUUUUGGCCACAUUGACCAAUCACAAUUGCUUGGGGGAGGGAGAAGAACACAUAAAGUAAGAUGGACAACAUAGAGGUUUAGGCAGAACGCUGUUCGACCUCAAGGUUCUCUAUGGACACUGAGGACAAAUCAGAUCUCUGCUUCCCACAUUUAGGCAACAUCUCCUGCAGCAAGCCAACGUCUUAUUUGUCUCAGAGUUUUCUUUUCAUAGUCCUCCUACCCACCACAUGCAUCUUCACUGUACUGCUCAACCUGCUCGUCGUCAUCUCAAUCUCCCACUUCAGGCAGCUCCACACUCCAACCAACCUCCUCCUCCUCUCCCUCGCCGUCUCUGAUGUCCUGUUGGGCUUGGUGGGGAUGCCAGUUGUGAUCACCAUGAGCAUAUCCUGCUGGUUUCUUGGUGAGAUUGCAUGUACUCUGUUGAGUUACCUGAUUUUCAUUUGUCAGUCUGCCUCAGUAGGAAACAUGGUGCUGAUAUCAGCCGACCGUUUUGUGGCUAUUUGUGAUCCUCUGCAUUAUACUGCCAAAGUCACCGUGAGAAAAAUUCAACUUUUUAUUUGUCUCUGUUGGUCGGCUGCUGUUAUCCAUUGUGGGAUUCUUUUGAAGGAAGAAUUGGCUCAUCCUGAAAUCGGUAACGCUUGCCUUGGAGAGUGUGUUUGCCAUAUUGACUUUAUCGGGGGCAUUCUGGACAUUAUCGUGAACUUCCUCCUUCCUCUCGGCAUCAUUGUCAUUCUAUACACAAGAGUGUUUGUGGUUGCAGUGUCUCAGGCGAGAGCCGUGCGCUCUCACAAUAAAUGUGUUAAAUUACAACAUUCUGCCCCUUUCAGAGCAAAGAAAUCUGAGCUGAAGGCCGCCAAGACUCUGGGUAUUGUCGUCCUGGUCUUUCUGAUGUGUUUCUGUCCGUACAAUAUUGUCAGUCUGAUGGCUUAUCAUGAGAACGUGAUGAAUUAUGUUACUUAUUUGUAUAGUUUGAACUCGUGUGUGAACCCGUUGAUAUAUGCCGUGUUCUACCCUUGUUUUAGAAGAGCUUUUAAGCACAUUGUCACUUUGCGCGUACUGAAGCCUGGCUCCUGUGAUACCAACAUACUGUAAUCUCAAUGUGCGCACCUUCAAAUUUAAUGCCCUCUGAAUAACCACAUUGAGGUACGUGUGUUGCUGCAAGUUGUUUUACUCUAAUAUGUUUUGAAUCACCUAACUCUCCUCUUUGCCUUUUCAAGUGAUUGCUUUAGUAAGCACAGUACUUUAUGCAUUUUAGAAAAUGAAUGUGUUUUAAUUUGGGAUGCUCCACAGCCUCACCUCCCUCUUUCCAGCAAUUGGAUCCAUCACGUCUGCCUCGCCCUGACCAAGCUGCUACAUCCAGUCUACAUUGUUUCCGAUUUCCUCUCCCGUAUAUACAAUGUUGGAUUGAUAAUAAAUCAGUCAAUAUUCCACCUUAAAAAAAGGUCAAGGAGCAUCAUUUAUGAAUUAGCAUGUAUGGAAAAGCAUGAUUUAAAUAUGUAUAUGUAUGUUUAUUAUAACCAACAUAAAUGUGGUAUGUAUUCUGCAUAUUUAUAGUGUUUAUUAUAUCAUGUGUAGAUUAUGUAUAAAAUACAUACAGUAUUUCAU